CAUUGCAAACUUUGCAAAUCAUCGCGGCUUUUGUGUGAAGCAGAACAAAAUAGUCUCAUUUAGACAGUUGUGGACAUCUAUCAAUCCUUGAGGAUGCCAUCAACUUUUCAAAUUCGUUUUGUGGUUUUGAUAGUUGCUCUGGGUCGCGUCGUGGACAACUCGUUUAGCUACCGUGCCAGCCCCGGCAGUAAAAUACGAUGUAAAUGGAAUUGUUUUGCCCACGUGGCUGAUCUAACGGUGCUUAAACGAGAAAUGGCGAAUUCAACGACGAUCAACAACAAAUUAAUCAAGCUUAUUGUAAGGUACGAGAAGCAAAUAGAUGACAAAUGCACGAACCAGAAGUCUGUUAACUCAAGCGAAUCCUCUUCAGAACAUUGUUCAGUCUGUUUGGUGAACAAACGACUCUUUAACUCAAUGACACCGAAUAAAAGCGCGAUAAAUCCAUUUCUUCACAAAGAACACAGUGAAAUACGUGCCAUUUGUACUUUGAAACCAGCGAGAACGACUGUUUCAAGCCCUGUGGAUUACAGCAACCGUUCUUUCGCCAUUUGUGAGCUUAUUAAAUUCGAAGCUGACUUUGAAAGCAUCGAUCAUCAUGCUGUGAAAACAGAUCCUCUUGGGCUAUGCAUGAAUUUUACCAUACCAGACAGGACGAACAGCACUGAAGGACUUCAAGGAGCUGUAAAGCUUAGGGGAUGGCCAAAGACGGUGUUGGAUUUCUUCGCCUUUGUAUUUAUCGGAGUGUUCAUAUAUUACUCUCCGGCCUUUCUUUGUCUGUUCUGCCCGACGGAAAUCUUGCAAGAUGGCGUUACUCAUAUCAUUCUUGAGGGAGCAAGUCCCGUUAGUCUCCGAGGCCUUGCGGGAAAUUAUUUCUUUUCUAGGAGAGAGGGAAUUUGGUGUAAGGCAAAAACAUUCAUUUUGAGAGCUUUUAUUAUACCUCUUCCAUUUCUGAUUAGUGCAACCGUCCUUGCGGAUUUUGAACAUAGUGCUCCUUGCAAUACCCUAUUAAGCAAUAGGCUCUUCGGAAUAUUGUUUGGUUUUUGUUAUUGUUUUCAGGCUUUUUACAUAUCAUUUUUCUCCAAAAGGUCAUUGAACUCAAAGCCUUGUUUCCUUUGUAAGUUUCUUAAACCAGCAAUCCUUUCCUGUCAAGAUGAACUUCCUCAGCUAAUUAUAAACCAUUUGGGCCUCCAGCCUUUGAUCUUGGUAGAAAGUUGGAGGUUUUGCAAACGGAGUUUCCUAAAUUAUCUCAAAAAGUCCGUCACGGUGAUUCCUUCCCGCAGAUGCUCUUUAGGUUUUGUGAUUCGUCUUGUACUAUUUAUCUCUUUGUUGCUCUGUAUACCCGUUGUGGCAGCAGCGUUAUUGAUUUUUGGAAGUUUAUCAUCUUUCAUAGGCAUUAUCUUCACUGCUCCUGUAAUUACGUUAUGCAAGGACCACUUGGACAGACCGAGUAAUUUAAAUUCAAAAAUAUCGCUUUCAUCAUUCAUUCUCUCUGAUGUCACACACCGUGCCCUCUCGUGCGUUUCAUGGUAUCGUGCCUUUGACCUUUUGCUAUCAGCAGCUUAUGGUGCUCUGAAUGCUUUGGUAGGUGUUCUACAACUCUCUUUCUCAGAGGAACAUGUUCCAUACUUGGCUUGUCCUGUUUUUAUUUUGUAUUACAUUUGGUCAAGCUACAGCUCUUUCACGAAAACAUACCACGAGCUUGCCCUGACUUUAUACGAUUGCCACAUGGACUCAAAACGUACCCAAUCUCAAGAUGUUCCUUCUAGCUCUGAUCAGCUGCCAAAACUACCUAACAAUACGCACGAUCCCGACAACGUGAUAGCAAUUCCAAAAGAGCUCUUCGAAAUGGCAUGUGAAAAACUUUUGCCUCUCAGAGAAGGUGUCUGCCUACUGAUUUUGAAGAUCUCAGUGCUUGUGUUUUCUGUGUUAAUUGUGUUUUCCUGGGCUACUAUGUUCAGCUUUGACACAACACCGUUGAUGAAAACUUUGUUAACGUUUCUCACUUUAGCGUUUCCCAAGAUCGUCGCCAUCUACAUCGAUGGAGGAUGGCAGAAAAAAUUGCGAGAAAGGGUUAGGAAGGAAAAGGUUCCAAAAAUUGUGGAAAAAUUCAUCAGUAGAACUUCUAUGACAACUCGAGGACAGAGGGACAGAAAUGCAAACAUCGACGAAGUGAAUUUAGUAAAUGAAGACUGCAUUGAGCUUGUAGUCAUGUAGUCCUUAAAGAUACCAGUUUAUGGCUAAAUAAACAAGGUAAUUUGGUUUUAUCAACUGAGUUGAUGAUGUAAAUGGGCUACAGUAGAGUCUCAAAGCUGACGUUCCGAGCGUUCGUCAUUCGCUCUGUCAUCCUUAAGGUUUUUUUCUGUCUUAGAAAUUAUCUGACAAUAAUCGCAUUAAUAUUAGAAUAGAAAACAGUAUGAUUUCAAGUGCAAUUUGGUGUUAACAUGCAAGAGUAAAUUUUUUAAAGACACGAAAAUUCCACAAGCCCGUAGAGCAAGUGCAAUUUGUUAUCUUGGAAAUAUUUACAAGUGCUUAUUUCACCACAUUGCAAAAGAAAUCAUGUAAUCUCUUGUUAAUAAUGUACAUGAAAAAAACAUCACAGAAAGUCGAGACAGACUAAAUUUUGAAAGCGUGCGCGUGCUAUUUGUAAUUUGCACUUGUGUUACAACUUUGCACUCGUGUUACACGAGAAUACACUCGUUUUUAGUCGAUCAAAAGCGUGUAAUUUUUUCACGUACAUCAUUAGAUAUAAUAUACUGUUGUCUGGGUAUAUAUCACUUAGGUGGUUGUGCCAUCAUGCGUUUUUGUGAAGCCCUUUGCAAUGUCAUUAAUUGUUAUCUCGUUAUAUAAUGGUUAACACUUUAGACUCCAAGAUUGAUUGUAUCACAUUUCUCCUCACAAUGUUCUCACGAAUAAAGAUCAUGAGAAUCUUGGUAGUUUUACAGAUAAUCAAUUCGUUGGCAUUUGUUAAAUCUGUUAUAUUUACAAAAACAGACCAAAAACUAUGUUCCUUGUUAUUGGUCCAUAGCCAUUAGUAAAAAACCAGAUUCUGUAAAUAUAAUACUUAAGUUUAAUUCCUAGUUUAAAAUACUGUGAUGAAGAAAGCCUUGGAGAGAUAGAAAUGUUAUGGAAUGUAAACCAUAUCUGUUUACAUCACGUCAUGAGGAUGACCACGUUAUUUUUAAAACGUGUCAUAUUAAGAUUAGAUUUAAAAAGUAAUGUUCUCUGGUUGUUUGAAUACAGUUUUUCAUUAAUAAAUAUACUUUGUGUUUGA